UAUUUCAGCAUAAGGCCUGGGCAGUGUUUUCCAGUGAUCCCGGUGGAUGUUGCCCUGACUUUAUAGGGCCUCCACCAUGAAGAAACCUUUGUGGCUUCUGACUUUAUUCCUUGUGACAUCUGUGUGUGUGCUUGGCCAGAAUCCCAGGUUUGGAUUUGAUGAUUACAAUGGAGUGUUUGGAGAAGUUGCUGGUCCAUGUGCUGACUACAAGCCCGGAGAAGAUGACCUUCAGGCAUUUGACUUCAUCAGGAAGUUCAACCUGGAUGUUAUGGAGAGGGAACAUCCAGGGGUAACAAAAGUCAGGGGUUCUAACAAGAUACAGUCAGCAUACAGGCUCAGUAAAGAUGCAGAUUUGAACUUGCCCACUAGGAGUAUUUUUCCUCUUGGGCUGCCAGACAAGUUCAGCUUCAUUGCCACAUUCAGACAAAGGAAGGUGUCAAGAGUAAGCUGGGAUAUCAUCAGGAUGGUUGACAUGCAAGGAAACCCCCAGUUUGCAGUCACUCUUGCGCCCAGGGACAAUGCUGUGCAGUUUUCCAUCAUGAGCAUUGAGGGGAACCUCAUGACAGUGUCUUUCCCAGAAAUCAAGACUGUCAAGAAGUUGGGUCUCAAGUCCUGGAUUUGCCCAUUGGACCCAUUGAUGUCAAUGGGAGAACCCUUAUUUCAAAAACUCAGGGUCAAAGAGACAGGACAGUCUUGGUAA